UCUGUGUGCGCGUCGUUAUCGGCCACAGUAAGAUUUUACUGCGGGAACAGGCCUCCGCACUCUCAGCUCGCACCUGUUGCAGUCAGGGACAAACAGGUAGGAGCACAGGACCCACCGCGGAGGGCGGGGCUGUCCCGGGGGGCGGCUUCCGGCGCCUUUUCCAGCCAAUCGGCUCUGCGGGACUCGGACAGCGGCUGUCAUCGUGCCAGCUGAGCUUCAGGUCAAAGACCGAGCAGCUUUGGGAGUUUUCAGAUCUGCAAGUGAGGAAAAGUUUUGACAAGCGGACCUGCGGGCGGCUCGUUUCAGCGGCGGCGGCAGCAGCAGCAGCAGCGGUUCAGCGUCCAGCGCCAGCCUGUGUGGAGUUUUUCUGCGGGUGAGAGGCUGUACAAUCCUCGGCAGUGUUCUGAGACUGUACGGCCCCGAUCCCCUCCAGCCUGGACGGUCACAGCUCAGCCUGCCCGGGUCCAUGGACUAAGAGUUGACAGGUUUGAUGACCUGAUCCCCCGGGAUCCUUCUGACCUGCGCCCUUCGACGUAAAACACGCGUUUUUUUUUUUUGUUUGUUUGUUUUUUCUUUUUCUUUUUACUUCAUUUGAAUUUAAAGGUGGACUUAACGUAGACCGUCGGGAGUUACAACGCUGAUUGUGCACAGGAGAAACAUGACGGCCGACAAGGAGAAGAAGAGGAGCAGCUCAGAGCGUCGUAAGGAGAAGUCUCGGGAUGCAGCUCGGUGCAGGCGCAGCAAAGAGACAGAAGUUUUCUACGAGCUGGCUCACCAGCUGCCUCUCCCACACAGCGUCAGCUCUCACCUGGACAAGGCCUCUAUAAUGAGGCUGGCUAUCAGCUUCCUGCGAACACGCAAGCUGCUCACCACAGGCUGCAGCAGCAGGAGCAGUGACGGUGACGAGGACGACCAGAUGGACAGUCUGUACCUGAAGUCUCUGGAGGGCUUCAUCACUGUGGUAACAUCAGACGGCGACAUGAUAUUCCUGUCUGAGAACAUCAACAAAUUCAUGGGGCUCACGCAGGUGGAGCUCACCGGUCACAGCAUCUUUGACUUCACCCAUCCAUGUGACCAUGAGGAGAUCAGAGAAAACCUCAGCCUGAAGACAGCUGGCAGCGGUUUUGGUAAAAAAGGCAAAGAGCUGAGUACCGAGCGAGAUUUCUUCAUGAGGAUGAAAUGCACAGUGACCAACAGAGGACGCACCGUCAACCUCAAGUCAGCCAGCUGGAAGGUGCUGCACUGCACCGGACACCUGAAGAUGUACAACAGCUGCCCUCCGAGAGUGCUGUGUGGCUUCAAAGAGCCUCCGCUCACCUGCGCUGUUCUGAUGUGCGAACCCAUCCCACACCCAUCCAACAUUGACACGCCGCUGGACAGCAGGACCUUCCUGAGCAGACACAGCAUGGACAUGAAGUUCACCUACUGUGACGAGAGGGUAACAGAACUGAUGGGUUACAGUCCUGAGGAUCUGCUGGGUCGUUCGGUGUACGACUUUUACCACGCCCUGGACUCAGACAGCGUCACCAGGAGCCACCACAACUUGUGCACCAAGGGUCAGGCAGUGAGCGGCCAGUACCGAAUGCUGGCUAAGAACGGAGGCUACAUCUGGGUUGAAACCCAGGGAACUGUUAUUUAUAACAACCGCAACUCCCAGCCGCAGGGCAUCGUGUGCAUAAACUACGUGCUCAGCGACAUCGAGGAGAAGUCCAUGAUUUUCUCCCUGGAGCAGACGGAGUCCCUGUUCAAGCCGCGCCACAUGAGCAGCUUCUUCACCGCUGGAGGCGCAGGUGUGACCGAGGAUCCGGGAGAGGCCCUGUUCACCAAACUCAAAGAGGAGCCGGAGGACUUGGCCCAGCUGGCUCCAACACCUGGGGACACAAUCAUUUCCCUCGACUUUGGUCGCCCUCAGUUCGAGGUGUCUGCCGCAGCUAUGCCCCCUCCAGGACCUCCGUCCUGGGCCAGCGACAGCCACAAGCCCGCCCCUCCGGCAUCAGGCCAAACCCCGGCUCCGGUUGCAGGCGACAUGGCUAACAUGGCUGGUACCUUCACAGUGCAGCAGAACCCGCCGCCGGGCAGCGCCACUCCGAGCCUCAGCAGCUGCUCCACGCCCAGCAGCCCAGGUGAUUACUACAGCUCCGUGGAGAGUGACCUGAAGGUGGAGCUGACUGAGAGGCUGUUUGCUCUGGACACCGAGACAAACAACAGUCCCACCAACACUGAGAGGGACUUAAGCGACUUGGACCUGGAGACCUUGGCUCCUUAUAUCCCCAUGGACGGAGAAGACUUCCAGCUGAAUCCCAUCAUUCCAGAGUCAGAGCCCCUGGAGGGGGGUCCAGCAGGAACCAUGGGGAGCAACAGCAGCCUGCCACAAACACGCCAGGCAUCCCAGCAGAGCUUCAGCAACAUCGCCAGCCUCUUCCAGCCCCUGUCCUCCCCUACUCAGCCCCAAGGCCACUACCAGGCCCAGCCAGCUGCAUCCUGGGCUACAGGGGAUAAGAAAGGCUCCAGCCAGGGGACCAUGAACCCCCGUACUGGGUCAUACAUGAUGGGGCAUAUGCAGAAUCCACCGUACCAAGCCCCAGCCAGCACCCCUCUGUCCUCUAUGGGUGGCAGGCAGAAUCUGCAGUGGCCACCGGACCCUCUGUUAACUUACCAACAACAACCUCGAGCCACCAAGGCCUACCUGAUGGACACUUUGUCAGGAGAGGCUCGUCCGUCCUGCCAGCAGAACAUGACGCAUCUCAUGCAGAAACAGAGGUCCAUCGACAAUUUUGUACAAGCCCACAGAGACAUGAGUCCAGCCAGAAUGGCCCUGACCAACAGUAUCAAGCGCUCCUUCACCCAGAUGGCUGUGGGCGAAAGUAAGUCAGAAAUCAUAUGGAAGAAGAUGAGGGGCGACAGUUGCGUUGCCAUGGAUCGCUCCCUCAGCGCAGGAUCACUGACAGAGUCAGGGAUGAGCAGGAUGAUGCUGGGCAGCAUGUCUUCAUGUCUCAGCUCUCUGCAACAGCACAGGAAGUCUCAGUAUCCAGGAAAUGGGUUAGGUGGUGCAAAUGAGAAAGCCUUCCCCCAAAAGAGCUGCAACUACACCAGUUACAACAUGUUGCCUUCUAACAAGACUGAGGGUAUAGCUAGUCGUUUGCUGGGCCCUUCGUUUGAGCCUUCCUGUCUGCCGGAGUUGACCCGUUACGACUGUGAGGUCAAUGUCCCGCUGCAGGGCAACCUGCACCUCCUCCAGGGCUGUGACCUGCUGAGAGCCCUGGACCAGGCCACCUAGAGCCCCAGAUUCAAACCCCACCAUAGACCCAGAUUAAUCACAGCCCUGAUCCUCAACCUGCAGCCCAAGACUUAAGCCUGUAUCUCUACCUUCAUACCUCUGGGCCCUCUGAAAGCCCUGAGGCUAAGCUACCUAUAGGAAAUGGUAUUCAUAACCACAUCCUGCCUUGUUUAGCAUAUCUGUCUCAGCCCUACACUCAGUUCCCUGUCCCUUCUGUAGUUCUGUACCUUGACCAUCUAAACAAGCUGAGAUAUCAGAGUCAAGCCACUUUCACCCCUUUUGCCCAAGCUUGUGACUCAGAUCAGAUGCAGGUUGAUCUCCGGUGUACAAAAGUUGCCCUGCAUUGAGCCGGCCACAAAGAGGGCCCACGCGUGUAAGAUAACCAGGGUCUGUUGGUGAAAAAAAAACAACAUGGGACCAUUAACUAGCCGAGUACAAAACGAUGUCUGUCCUGUGUUAACAAGUCUAGACACUGGGAUUUCUCCGGUCACCAGGUUCGGGGUAAGCGUCUCUCACAGGUCAGCUCUGUGUCCAGAUACACAAACUGAACCCGGGUCUUUGGUGUAAACAGGGUAUUAGAGGUGUGGGAUUCAAAUACACAAUCUGCCUUAAAGGCCAGCUCUGCCCAAACAUCUGCAGCCAUGCACCGCGGCCUACCAGCUGUUUCCUGCCGUGACUUAAGUGGGAAUCCACGACCAAGCUACCUAUAAGCACGGGUUUCAAACCUACAGCCUGUUUCUUAUCCAGACCCUGUCUCCUUUCCAGAACUAAACCCUGAUAUGAACUCUAUGCAGCCCAGCUCCCAGCCUUACUUUCUCUUUAUCAGCUGACUCAUUUAAGCUCAGAGGAGAAGAGAUACUACCCAGACUUUAACAGAGACACUGUGUUCUUUCACUUAGUGUAUUUGACCAGCGAUUAGACCCAGACCACUUUUCUCGUUCCAGUCAAAGCCUCAAAGUAAGAGUUGGGUAUAAUGAAUUGGUUCUGAAUUGUAGCCAUUUUAAAAUUAAUAAUAAGAACCAAGGAUUCUUAACAGAACACAGUUUGAUUCUGCUUAUCGAUUCCCAAAGAUUCAUUUUUGAUCACUACGGUGCUCGAUGUAAUCACUGCACCAAAAUAAUUAUUCAGGGGAGGUGCAGUUUGCACAGUGUAGGGCUGGUAACAGCAGUGGUUCUCAACUUCUUUUUUCUUUUUCUCACGAUUUAUUAAAAUUUGAAAUCUGUUUAAAAACCUGAGCUGCUGUUUUACUCUUUGAACCUCUUACAUUUUUUCACUUUAUUGAUUGUUAGAGGCCAAAAAGGGAUACAACUAUUAAUUCACAUGAAACAAGCAAAAAUUAGGUCUGAAAAAAAUUAAACAGAAAUUUGUCUACAAGAACUGUAUUUUCCUUUUUGAAAUUGCUUUUAAAAUCUAGUCACCACGUGUAUUUCGAUGUAGAAUUUUUGAUGACUCAGAAUAUUCAACCCAAGUAAAAACAUUUAACUUGUACAUGUAGAGAUAUAUAGAGAAUAUUUCUGUUUCUUAAAGUGUAUCACAAGUGUGUUUAAGACACAGAUGUUUUUUUCCCCCUUUCUCUUUAACCAUAUUUAGGAUUUCAUUUCACUCAAGAAUCAGAAACUGGAAUCAAUAAGCAGAAUCAGAGUCAGAGUCAGACCUUUCUCUGCUCAAGCCUUUUUCUCAUAUACAAACAGAAACACUUACACAGUCAUCAGCCGGCCUCUUCUCGCCUGAGUCCAUCUCACCUCAGUCACUGUAACAUCCUCAUCUGUUGAAAUAAGAAAGUAGAGCAGUUAGUUCAUACGGAGGGAACUCUGAUUCUCACAACGUAAACUGGUUCACAUAAGUAUUACAUCUGUUUGGGUCCAUUUUAAUGACAUUUGCAUUAUAUUGUUAUUUUAGUUCUUAUAAUUAGUCUCUACUUUGUUAUCGAACUGAGACAUUUUAACUUCUAUCAAAAUUUAAUCCAAAUCGACAGGACACGUUACCGUAUCAAUACUUCUUUGUUUCUUCUCUCUCUUGUUUGAUGUUCUUACUCUACCUACCAGACACUUUUAUUUUUUUGUGUCUAUCUCUCACACACACACUAAUAAACAUAUAUUGCAAUACAUGUACUCUACUACAAGAUGAAUAUUGUUAAGUUUUAUUUUAUAAGUUUUUUUUCCGCUCUCUUCUUCUUAAAACUGUCUGAUUUGUUUUCUCUCACUCUCACCUCUCUGUCAGGUAAGUAGAUCAUGUGACUACAGGGUUUUUUUUUCUUAUUGUGCAAUUAUUUCUUUGAACUAAAGCUUAUAUAGUCAGCGACAAAGCUAGCCUUAUUUACCAAACUGAUAGCUUGUACAAAGGAAUCUGGCUUGCACACGCUAAGAGUUCACUUGAUUAUAUGUUGCAGGUUUACACACACACACUUUACGCAAUACAGAAAACCAGACAAACCAGGUGUGUGCACAGAUUACCUGAGGGGGAGGGAUGGAAAAGGGGAACCUCUCUUACAUGCAGGUUUCAAUUUUAGGUUCAGUGUUUGCCCGUAAAAGACCUUAAGCGUGUUAAGUGUUUUUGGCUCCUUAACUAUAAUAUACUAUACAAUUUUACAUUGUAUUUUUUUCUGCUGUUCCAGGCAGCUAAUGGUUUAUAUUCAUUUCUGUGCUGUAUGAAAUUUUUUCAAUCACAUUCUCUGUGUGUGGUAAUGCUGUUUACCUUCAGCUUGAUUUGAAAAGUCCACACAGCAUUAUAUGAUUAACUGAAUUUAAUUAUUUUAUUUAAAAUACAUUAUAUAGGGCCACAACUCACAAUUAUUUUCAUUUUGAAUUUUAUUUUCUCAAGUAAUUGAUUGUUUUCUCUAUGAAAUGUCAGAAACUAGUGAACAAUGCCUCUUAUUUUCCAGAGUCUAAGGCUGCGUAUUCAAACUGUUUUAUCUGACCAUGAGUCCAAAAUCCAAAGAUACACACUUAAGUCUGAAAAGACAGAGGAAAGUCAUACAACAAAUAACAACAGAUGAUACACACACUGUACAUGCAAAAAGCAGAGCAGCUCUGUAACUCAAAUCAAGCUACAAAUGACUGAGAAACCAUCUCUGCAUUACUGAUAAUGUAACUUAGAGUGUUGUCAUUCAUUUUCACUUCAGACAGAAAUGAAUAGAAAACAGUGUGUACCUGGGCUGGUAGAAUCGUUUCAAAAAAGUUUGCCGUGAUGUGAAGUACAUGAGAUUUGUAGUAAAUAUUCUAAAGUCACUGGUUUGCUUCUUUGCGCUAACUGACUAACUACCCCUCCAUCCAGGAGGGCAACUGGACUAACGAGUGCCAAGUGAUAAGGCUGAGCUGGUAUUUGGGCUCAUCAACCUUAAAUGCCCCUUUGGUUUUCUAUUAGGGCAAAAAGUAAGCUUUACAGUGUGUCAUUAAAAAAAGAUGAGAGGUCAGUCCCUCCCACUCCUGUGCACACCACUGCACAAACCACACAGUGUAAGGACUACAUAAUCACUUUCUCAUUCAGUCUACAUGUACAUAGCAGACGCAGCAGCUUUGGUUUCAGUGCCGUACAGCAGCCUGUGAAGUGACUUGAAAGUGGAGUGUAUGUAUUAUUCUUUAUGAUUAGGACAAGGCCAGUUUUUCUUCUAAUCCAUGACAGAGUGGCUGCCAGUACCAGAAGGCUUUUUAAAACAGAAAUACGUUAGUCAUCCUAAUACACGAUAGACUAAGAGUAAAGUUUAUUUUCAAACUAAAAAUCAUUUUAAGCCAAAUGAAUUAUAUUAAAGCAGAUAAUUCUGCCAGUAUCAUGAUGAUACAGGCAGAAUGAACUGCCUUCCCUGAAAAAAAAGUUCUCACCAGUUUUCUCUGUUCUUUCCACUCCUAUUCUCUCAAAGUAUUUUUCUUAAUCUCACUAUUUUUUUUUUUUUUGAGGUAAUUGUCUUUGUGUGGUGACCACUUUUGAGUAUGAAUUAUAGAGCAUUGUACACAUAUACGUUACGUAUUUAAAAAGACAAAACUAAUGUUGAAGAUAGUGUUUUUAGUGUUUAUGUGUCCUGGUACUUUGUCCUUAUCUACCCCUGUAGAAGCAGAUGGAUCAGAUCCCUCGCAGUGCUGUUUCCCCUCGUGCUGUUUCCGUGUUGUGGCUUUUUUUUUUUUUCCCUCCAGAGUUUUAUCCUAAAAUAUCUAUUGAAUCUGUUGGCUGGCCAGUACUGUUUUUGUUCUUGCUUUAAGAAGAUAAAAAAGUAAAAAAUAAAAAUAACAGGAAAACAGGAAAAAAGUUCAGAUUAAAAGAUAAAUAUCAGUUUUCUAAGUUCCACUUUUCAGAUAUGUAGCAUUUUGAAUAUUGUAAAGAAGGUGAAGUUGCCACAUAAUUAAUCACAUAGUUUUCCAGUUGCAUAUAUAAUAGCAAUGGUGCUUCAUAGACCACGUAUGUGUCAUUUUUAGAACUUUUAUUACAUCUCUUGGAUCCACUAACACUGUAUUUUUAUGUUCCUCGUUUUAUGUCAUGCUGAAAUGUUCUUUAAAGUUCAUUUUAAUCCAUAUAAUGUGCCUUAUCGUGACUUUAUGGUUGUCUCAACACAUACUGAGUUCACCCUUCAAGAGCACAGUUUGUUUCCUGCGACCUGUAGAUGACAUCCUUCAGCUAUGGGGCUUAUUGUUGAACAUAAUCCCAAAGUGACACUGCAUCUUAUCCAAAAGUUAAAUGUAUUAAAGUUAUUAUUAUUUUCUGAGAUAAUAAUCAUAGACGUGUCAUAGUUGGGAUGAUUUUAAUAAUAAACCCUCAGGUUUUGUAGUCAGCAGCUCCUCCAUAGCCUCUUCCUAGUGAUGGAAUAUACAGUAAAAGCCUCAUUCAUUCAAGCAGAACCCAAACAGAACCCAUCGUAGAUCCCCUGGUGAUGACGAGUCAAAUUUUGUUUUAAGGUUUUUAAGGAAAUGGAUUCCCCAGCUCAUCAAACGACCUAACAGUCGGUUUGUCUUUGAAGCUGCUUGUGGGUUUUUAGGUUUAGUUGAAUAAGACUUGACUGUACAGUAAAAGUUCUACUGGGGGGGGGGGGGGGGGGGCAUAUGUUAAGUUAGUGCCUUGCUUGAUACACAUUUUAAAAGUCAAAAAUUUGCCUGUCUUGAUCGCCCACGAUUUUGUUAGGUUAGUUUUAACACAAAAGCUUUAAAUUCUUUUUUUUUUUUUUUUUUUUUAACAAACUGGGUUGUAUCUUCAGGCUUUGGCUGUUUUUUUUCUACCCAUUACAAUCACAUUUGUAGACCACUUUAGUUGCGGAGACACAGAGAUGAAUUGCAUUCGAUCAUUCAGCAUCAAGUCACAGUUUAAGUAUAUUACAGUAUCUAAAACUGAACUUUGGAAGUGAAACACAAAGUGAAAGGACUCUUCUGAAGCUCUCCUGCAGUGGUGCUGUGUCUCUACAAUCAAAGUGGUGACUAAAGUGCCACAGCUGAUUGUAAUGAAGUCCAAUGCUAUGAAGAUUUAAUCCAGGCUGUAAAAAAAAAAAAUGGAUUGGAGAUGAACAUUAUCCUGAGAGGGGAUGAGGGCUGAGAAACAGUUAUGAAGGAGAUAUGAAAAGAAGUGAUGUGGAGUUGAGUGACACAUGAAGAGAGAUUCAGCCUGCUCAGCCUGCCCACUGACGCAGAUCUCUCCACCCGGCACAUCACUCAUCUGUUUCUCCUCACUCACCCUCUCUCUUCACUUUCCUCAAAAUCAAUUUGAUUGUUUUUGCUCCCAAUGUGUCAGAGGUUUUUUUUUUUUUUAAAUCAAUGUUUAAAUUGGAAAUUCUUUAUAUGUCAGAGUAAAAAAAUCUGUAAAUGGAGAAAUGGAGACUCAUAACAUGUUGAAUCAUUAUAAUUAUUCUCAUUGUACAUUUACAGCGCAAUAUAGAGCUGCUCUCAAAGAGCUCAAGUGCUAAGGCAGUUUUUGGAGACCAAAGAGGUUUCAGGAAUACAUUAAAUGUUUUGAAACAUGCACAUGGAAGAAGAACAGCACCUCAGAGAGGCUUUUUAGCUGAUGAGAUUUGACCUAAACUGUGUUAACGUAUGUGGAAAGAGUUGGUUAGAUGGAAGUCGAUUUUAGAAUAUAAAACGUAGAGAGAGAGAGGGAGUCCCGCCACCAUUUUAGGUUAGCUUCUGCCCCACUAGCUUUGGCCAGACAAGUUAAAAUUGAAAAUGUUCUAAACUAAGAUAAAACAAGUUAUUUUGUUAGCAUUCAAGAGCCACACCUCUGUUGAGUCUCAGCAGGUGGAGCUUUCAGAUGCUUUUAUUGUUUUAUCUUAGAACAGAAAAAACACCAGGAACAGGCGUCGGUUAUUCAGAAAGACAGAAUAAAGACAGCUAUCUCUGAGAAAAUCAACGAGUGGCGGACGCUAGUGGAAAAGAUGCUAACCCAAAACCGGGCGGGGCCUCUGUUCUCUAUUUUAAAUCUAGAAGGCCUAUCACCAGUCCCAGUGCUCGGCAUGCUGUGCUGCUUGAAGGGGCUCAAAACAAAAGUGACAAAAAGCUUCAGGAUUUCAUUCACUCGUUCACUGCACCUCCUCUUUAAAGACGAUGUCAGCAUUUUGUCUCGUCUUGUGUAACAACAGGGUUUUUUGUUUUUCCUUAUGGGAUCCAUGUUCUGUUUUUGUCGAUGUCAUACAGUACAUUUAUAUUAGCUUAUUCUGCAUUUUUUUAAUAUGCUAAAAAUUCAUAUUGAUCUUAUUAUUAUCAUAUAUUGUUAUCAUUGUUAUUACUAUAUGGGGAAUUUAACCCAAUAAGAAGUUUGUGUUUCUGCACUGAUAUCUUAUUAAAGCAUACUGAUCUUACCCUC